UCCCUCCCUCCCCCCUGCCCCGCCCCCCUCCGCCGCCGCCUCCGCCGCUCGGCGACGGCGUUGGACCUCGCGAAGGGCCACCGGCGGCCCGUCGCCGGCCCGAUCGACGUCGAUCCGGCGUCCCGGGCGCGCCCAAGAUCCGAGGUCUCCAUUUGCUGCCCCCGCUCGGCCGAAGAUCUCGUCGACCCUCGUCUUGUUCUGCUGUGCCGUGGACUACUGAUCUUUCAGCUCGAAGCCCGGGCACGAUGAAGAGACCCUUUGCCGACGCGGCGGCCGAAGUUUUGCCCGAGGACAUCGUCAUCGAGCUGCUCCUGAGGCUGCCCGUCAAGUCGUUGAUGCGGUUCAAAUGCGUCUGCAAGCGGUGGCGGUCUCUGAUAUCCGACCCGGACCUGGCCAAGACCCACCUGCAGAGGCUGAAGGCGGGAGACAUGGUUUCAAGACAGAGGAUCUUCAAGACCAGCCCCAUCGAGACCAUAGACUACCAGGCGUACGACGGCGUCGGCGGCAUUGAUGAUCGCGCGGUGGUAGAGUUUCAUGAGCUGAGGAUGGAGGAUACUGCCUGGGAGCCAUACCUCGUGGGGUCCUGCGAUGGCUUGGUAUGUUUGUUUGUCCCCGGCAGAUUUCUCUUGUAUAAUCCGUCCACCAGGGAGUGCAAGGAUUUGCCCAAUUCCGAUCUUUUUCAACUGGAUGAGGGUUGGGAUUUGCCCGGUUCCGAUCUUUUCGAGCUGGAAGAGCUAUUCGUUGGAUUCGGAUACGACCCUCGAUCCGAUGACUACAAAAUAGUACAGGGCGACGGUGUCGAAAAUUGGCAAGUGGAAAUAUUUUCGCUCAAGUCCGCUUCUUGGAGAAUCAAGCAAGUCCAACCGGAAAACGACCUCCCGGUUACGGAAAGGGGAGUUUAUUGGAAUGGGGCCUUACACUGGUGCGUCAUCGACGAGAGCAGAAGCAGGGGCGAGAGUGUGAUCAUGUCAUUCGAUUUGUCGGAAGAGAAAUUCCAUCAGGUGCUUUCGGUCCCCGAAGUCGAUGGGGAAAUACUUUUCGAGGGACUUGGAACUCACGGGGCCAAUCUGUUCAUAUACCAUGUUUCCAUCAUAAAUGACUGCUUCGAGGCAUGGAUAACAGGUGACAACGCAUCAUGGACAAAAUUUUUCAGUGUUCUGACUGAUGGCAUAUCUCUCUACAAAUAUGUGAAGAUUCCCGCGUGCACAAGGGGCGGAAAAAUCGUUUUUCAGAUUGAUAUGCACCAGAUGACACUGUUCGAUCCGGAGGAUGAUACUUAUGAGGAAUAUCCCAUCCAAAGCGACAACGAUGUCGAAUCUGUUAUCUAUUUGGAAACUCUUGUUUCUCCCUAUCUUGGCUGUGAGCGGUCAAGAAUCGAGAGCCUUUAAGAGUUGUUCCUGUGCAUUUUAGUUUUACCGAUUUGGUUCGAGUUUACUUUCUUGCCAAGAUCUGGCCAUCUUGAGCUAUUGAAUGAUCUUGUGGAUUUUGAAGAAGAAAUAAAGAGCGUCCAUUGUGCUUUCAGUACUCUGUCCUAGGGGUGUGCAUGCUGAGUUGUUUGUGAAUGGAGAGAUUGUUCAAAGGUCACCUGAGAGGCAAAGGGGAGAGUGGAUCCGCAACCUCAGAGAGCUGAGGACAGGCCAAGAUCAUCCAAGGACAGAUCAAGACAUGUUCGGCGCAGAGAAAACAUGGGUUGAUGCGACAAAUCGGUGAACAAUAUGUAUAUAAGUUCAGUUCAGAGUAUGCCAUGAGGGAAUGCAAAUCUUUAUACUUGUUCCUACAAUGCUUAGUUAACUUUAGACUGGUGUAAAUGGAUUUGGUUUUUUUGCUGCUCUUUCAGACUUAAUAUGAACUCCGUUUAUUGUUAGCAUGAUGCAUGUAAGGUCCUGUGCUUGGAUUUCCAUAGCCAAAGGAAAAUCAUAUAAAGCUGUUAUCUUAUACCUA